UAAAGCGAACUGAUUUUUUAACCGAGCGGCGUCACGAUCAUAUCAGAGCGGGAUUUAACGGGCUUUAAACGCGAGGAUACGGGACAGCGGCGUCUAGCUUCUCAACAUCUGGGCAGAGAUGUGACAGCUUCUUGGCAUCGGCGUUGUGUUCUUGUUGCUUUUGUUGUAAUUUGUUGUGGGGGACCUCCCUAAAGCCUCAACUCAGGAACUAUCCACUGACAUUCCCUGCCUUGGCAGCUACACUGUUUGCCUUUUUCCGCAGAGCGACAUUUCGUCUCUGUGUUACAGUGUGCAGAAAAUGGCAACUGCUCUCAGCGGACGCCCACCUAACAAUCGGAAAGGCCGUCUUUUGGGCAUCAUAGAGACCAUCCAGGACGCGGUCGGACCCCCCAAGCAAGCGGCCGCGGACCGUCGGACCGUGGAGAAGACAUGGAAGCUUAUGGAUAAAGUGGUGAGGUUAUGUCAGAACCCCAGGCUGCAGUUGAAGAACAGUCCUCCGUACAUCCUGGAUAUCUUACCUGACACUUACCAGCACCUGAGGCUGAUUCUGUGCAAAUACGAGGAGAACCAGAGACUUACUCAGCUAAGCGAGAAUGAAUAUUUCAAAGUGUACAUCGACAGCCUGAUGAAGAAAUCAAAAAGAGCCAUCCGCCUUUUUAAGGAAGCCAAAGAGAGAAUGUACGAAGAACAGUCACAGGACAGGCGAAACCUCACCAAGCUCUCGUUGAUCUUCAGUCACAUGCUGGCCGAGAUCAAAGCCAUCUUUCCGGGCGGACAGUUCCAGGGAGACACGUUCCGCAUCACCAAGGCCGACGCUGCCGAUUUCUGGAGGAGAUCUUUCGGCGAAAAGACAAUAGUACCCUGGAAGAUAUUCCGGCAGUGCCUUCACGAAAUGCACCCCAUCAGCUCCGGGUUGGAGGCCAUGGCUCUCAAAUCCACAAUCGACCUCACUUGCAACGACUACAUCUCCGUGUUCGAGUUUGACAUUUUUACUCGUCUUUUUCAGCCGUGGGGCUCAAUCCUGAGAAACUGGAACUUCCUGGCGGUCACUCACCCGGGCUAUAUGGCCUUCCUGACGUAUGAUGAAGUGAAGGCACGUCUACAGAAGUACAUGAACAAACCCGGCAGCUACAUCUUCAGGCUGAGCUGUACGCGGUUAGGGCAGUGGGCCAUCGGCUACGUCACCAGUGACGGCAACAUACUGCAGACCAUUCCACAUAACAAACCACUGUUCCAGGCACUCAUAGACGGAUGCAGAGAGGGCUUCUACCUGUUUCCUGAUGGUCGCAGUUAUAAUCCAGAUCUCACCGGCCUGUGUGAACCCACUCCACAUGACCAUAUUAAGGUCACCCAGGAGCAAUAUGAGUUGUACUGUGAGAUGGGAUCUACGUUUCAGCUAUGUAAGAUCUGUGCCGAAAACAAUAAAGAUGUAAAGAUCGAACCAUGUGGACACCUCAUGUGCACUUCCUGUCUGACAUCAUGGCAGGAUUCUGACGGCCAGGGUUGUCCGUUCUGUCGCUGUGAGAUCAAAGGGACGGAGCCAAUCAUUGUAGAUCCGUUUGACCCACGAAACGAAGGGGCCAAAUGUUUCCUGAUGGACCACUUCAGCUGUCCCAUGCUGGACUUGGAUGAUGACGAUGACAGAGACGAUUCUUUAGUCAUAGAUCAUAUCAAGAAGUCCAUGGAAAUCCAAAACUCGCCGAUAAUGUCCCCGACAUCAUCUCCCAUAUGCGAACGUCGAAAAACCACCGCAGAUCACAUGGGUACUCACCUCAACAUUCCACCUGUACCGCCCCGCCUAGAUCUCAUCCGAUCGCCCGCCCCCAGCCCCACCGGGUCCCCUAAGUCCUCACCAGGCAUGUCCAGAAAACAGGACAAGCCGCUUCCCGCUCCCCCACCGCCACUUAGAGACCCCCCUCCGCCACCUCCUCCAGAACGCCCUCCUCAUAUGUCUCAAGAAGGUCGGGCCCCCUGGCUCGCCAGCCCCUCGUCCGGCCUACCCAGAGACCCGAGGGCACCCUCGGAAGCCUGGAGUCCCAAAGACACCACCUCUGUGUCAGACAGCAGGGCCGCUGCUGCAGAUCGCUCCCCGAAACUCGCCCACGCUGCCCCUGCACACAUCAACGGGAGACCCCUCAGCUGCUCCGGUGCAGACCUGGGGGUAAACCGGAACGGCCACAGAUUUAAUAACCAGUCAGAGUGUAUUAAGUCUUUCGUCAAUGGUCUUUUACCUAGUGAUGAUUAUGACAUCCCCCCUCCGCGUCACUCCCCUCCUCUGAUGGAGCACAACCAGAGACACACCAACCCCUUCACCAACCGGAGUCACACAGACAGACUGGAGGACGAGUAUCAAGUACCUUCAUCACUUCCUGUCUGCCUCACACAGCCACCCGUCCGUAUCCCCAACAGGGCUUUAGAAAAUGGCUCGUCAGAUCUCUCGACAGAUAUAAAGAAACACAAACCUCAAGAGCAUGGUGGGUUUGACUCCAGUUCAUUGAUUUCAGUUGUGUCUAACACCACACAGUGUCCACUUCAUAACAGGACGCCCUCAGACUACGACAUUCUACUUCCCCCUCAAGCAUCUCCAAUGGAAGACCUUUUCAAUUCUAUUCCCCCAUCCCAGCCUCCGCCUCCUCCUCCCAUCAGAAAUAGUUUUACAGAACCCUCUACCUCCUCACCCUAUCCCAGACCUGCCCGUCCCUCGUCCGGACACGACCACUUCCUGCUCAGCGCCGAUACGUUUAUAGAUGCGAACAACUCGGCUCCUAAUCCCCCUGUGCGGAGACAAACAGGAGAUAACACAAAGACUUCAUUCAGAGCUCCACAAGACUACGAUCAGCUGCCUCCCACCUCAGUGGCCGCAGAUUGCUUCAGGGCACCUGAGAGACCUCCAAAACCACUUCCUAGGAGACCGCACGAUUCGUCCCGAGAAAGCGUUGACAGCAAAAUCGCCAAGCUGAUGGGAGAGGGCUACUCGUUCGAGGACGUGAAGCGGGCGCUGAUGAUAGCGCAGAACAAAGUGGACGUGGCGCGGAACAUUUUACGAGAGUUCGCGUUGGUGGCGCCCAGGCAGAGCCUGUAGGCCCGAAGCAAACUGAGACUGACUCUUGACGCAGAGCUUACAACCGCCCGCAGGCUGAUACCCUCUCGCUUAAAGCACCCGUGCGCGUCCACCGUCUGCCGAAUGUGGACAAUAGAAUCCUGUGAUAGAGCCUGGGGUUUACACAGCCAGUUUGUGUGUUUUGGUGGCUUUCCACUGCUGGAUUUUUAUCUGGUAAUCGUCGUUGUGGCCGUUCCGAGAGAUGAAUACAAAAUGAUUUUUUGUUUGGGUUUCCAUCCACACUUACAGCAGUAGUUAAAGUUGUGUUUGUAUGCCAGUGUCUGCAGGCUGUAAAAGCAUUUCCUGCCAACGCUGCCCGCCUUACCCCUGCAAAACACACACACGUCUGGCUGCUCUUUCAUGGCCUCUCGGGUAUCGUGAUUUCACAGUAAUGGCUCUCCGUCUGCUCGUUCCUCCUUUAUCUCAUUAAUGCGCUAUGAUCACGACAAACCAGAUCAGAGAAAGAUUCUGUCUGUCUAACUUCUGAAUGUCAGGUUCUUUCAUAAUUCACUUUUCGUCUGCAUCUGCGGUGUGAACCUGGUUACAGAUGCACCUGUGUUUAGGUCGUACACUAUGUGAAUGCAUUCAACAUCUGUCGUGCGGUAUAAAGGCUCAGUGCAUGAGGGGUUGUGUUGAUGUAAGGGCUAACAAACGCUGAUGUCAUCGCUGCGGAAAUCUAAAUGUGUGCAUCAAUUUUGUAUUUAUUUGACAUCGUUAGUUCUUCAGGAAGGAAGUUACUUCAUGUUAAACUGAGCUCAAACUGGUUCUGAACGCAGAGAGCGCAGAAAUAAGAACUGAAUCCGUUUCGUUUUAUUUACGCAGACACGCCAAAAUAAAAAAGCGAAAAGAAUUUGAAAACAUGAUUUUAGAAACUAGUUUACAAAUUGACGCACAAGUGUAACACUCCCGAUUCUUCCAUGGCCUUAUGGGAACUGUGGACGCCGAAUGGCUUUGACUCUUUUCGCUGGCUGUGUCGUUUCUCUUAUCAGGUUAUCUCUUGCACUUGAAACUUCAUUUUGCACUGGUCUUUCACUUCACGUUACACCUGAAAGUCUUGAACUCGAGCGGAACUUGACGAUGGCCUGCGGAUGAGGACGUGACCUUUGACAGGUCUGCUGCGGGGAAACUGUUUUUCUGUUCUCUCUCUUCUUUUUUACAAGAGAUUUAGUUUGUUGGAAAACGCUUUGUGGAUCAUUUAAACCAGUGAUGUGUGCAAUUAAUUUAUACGUUGUUAAAAAGAUUAUUUUCAUCUUUCAGUAAUGUUGGUAACCCGUGAUCAGUUCUUGUGGAGAAAAUGUUUUAUAAAAGCCAGUAUUAACAUCUG